UCUGUAAAGUUCAUCUGCAUAGCCCUGUCUUAGGAUUCCCAGCAUACUACUGUAAAAUUUGUUUCUGUGAUCCUAGGUUCAGUGAGAUCUAGCAUAGUAUUGGAGACCCCAUUCAAUCUUAAUUGCAGUUUGUAUUCUGGAAAAUGGGAGGAAACGGUAAUAACACAAUGGCAAAAAGGACUGCAGACAAGGAACUAACUGAUCGAAAUUGGGAUCAGGAAGAAGAAUCCGAAGAGGCAGGAACCUUCUCAGUAGCAAGUGAAGAUGUACUGAAAAACCGAGCAAUCAAAAAAGCAAAACGCAGGAACCUCCUCGCUGAGUCUGAAGGUGGUGGAAUCUUCAAAGGAUUUUCUGGUCUGAUAUCUUCAACUGGAAGUACUGGAUUUGGAGGAUUUGGUAAUGGUUCUGGUUUCAAACCUUUACAUGGUCUGAACAAUGGAAAUAAUUUGUCUUUGAAGCCUUCACACAGUAGCGCUACAGAUGUAAAUAAUCCUAUUGGUUCUUUUCUAUCUAAUGGUCCUCCACCAAAUCCCUUGGCAAAAGGAGAAAUAGGUACGAAAACAAAUGGUGUUAAUCAGAUUAACUCUGGGGAUAAAGUGGGCUCCAGUGAGUACAACAGACAACUAGCAGCAUUGAAUUGUUCGGUCCGAGAUUGGAUCACCAAACAUGUCAAUGAGAACCCACUCUGUGAUUUGACCCCAAUCUUCAAAGACUACGAGAAGCAUUUGACAAGCAUUGAACAGAAAUAUGGUAGCAGUUCUGACAGUGGCUCAGAGAGUGACACGAACAGCAAGCGGCCAGAAAUGCAAUCUGUUAACACAUUUGGUGUGUGCAAAACACCGCAGGGAACAAUCCCAUCAUCUUUAUUCUCAUCUGUCAAAAACAAGGAUAUUAUUCCAGUCACUUCAGAAAAAAAACCCGAGACUGCAAUGGGAAAUAGUGGGAAUAUCAACUUGCUCUUUGGGAAAAAAAUGGAAAACUCUCCUUUAGCUGGCUUUUCUUUCGGUGGAGGAACUUCAGGCUCAUUAUUUGGAAAAGAUGUGAACCAGGAGAAGAUUGGUGCUCCAACUUUUUCCUUCACAGCAUCUGUAGAAAAAAAGGAAGAAAUAAAAGGUAGUGAGUAUAAAGAUGAAAAUGAAGAAGAUAGUGAAGAGCCUCCUGAACCUGUUGUGAAUGAAAUCAAGGAAGAAGAUGCAAUCUUUUCAAAGAAGUGUAAAAUGUUCUACAAGAAAGAUGGGGAUUUCAAAGAUAAAGGAGUUGGUACAAUCCAUUUAAAACCUGUGGCAGAUCAAAAGAUUCAGUUGUUGGUACGAGCAGAUACAAAUCUAGGAAAUGUUUUACUGAAUAUUUUGCUUCACCCAUCACUGCCUUGUACAAGAACAGGAAAAAACAACAUCCUAAUCGUCUGUGUUCCCAACCCUCCCAUCGAUGAGAAAAGUCCUGACACAGCUUUGCCAAUUUUGAUCCGUGUGAAAACUACUCAGGAUGCAGAUGAGCUUCACAAAAUCAUUACAGAGAAAAAGGCUGCCCUUUAAGUGCGGUUGGUGUUCUAUUUGAUGGUAUAAAGAAAUCUUGCCAAGUUGCUGCUGGGGUCUUUAAUUCUCAAUUUUUUUUUUUGAAAAAUUGUUACUGAGAGGAAAAUAAUGGUUAGGCAGAUUGCACUCAAGUGCUUUCAUUUUCAUAUGGGGCAUCCCUCUGCAUUGUCUCUUUGCAAGGGCAUUGUCUCUCUUAUGUGUGCUGAAGUUAUUUCCUGUGCACAGUUGUGGCCUGACCUGAUUUUUUGCAGCAUAGAUAAAUCAUUAGAUCGCAAGUUUGAUAAAUGGGUCCAACAUUUAAUAACACGGCAACCCAUGUCAUGGAUGAAUCUGUGUGCUAACCUUGGGGAUUGGAAAUUUCUAUCCUGACAUCCGCUUGCAUUCAAACUUUUUACUCCACUUUCUUCAGGUUCCUCGUGUAGGUGUCUUCCAAGCAGUGAGAGUAAUGAUUUAAAGCUCGGAACUGUUGUAGAAAUUCUCUUUUGCCUCCACUCCAUUUCCAAAACACUGUUGUUUCCAUGUUCACCAGUGAGAAAAUGCAUGAGAUUCACAUCUGACAUUAGAGUAAGAUAAAAUGAUAAGCCCUGUAAAGCUUGAAAACUGAAGUGACUGGGAUAGGGGUUUAAAAAAAAAACCCAACACUAUAGUAAAACCAAAUAGCGAUUAGUGAAUUAAAAAAUUUUUGCAAGGACAAUUUAAGACAAUUGAUAAAUAACUGGCGAAUAGACAGAUGUCCAAUUUUUUUCCAUUCCUCUCCCCCCCCCCCCCCCCCCCCCCCCCAACUCUUGUAGCUAUCCAUUUUAACAACUUGUUAGCCACAUGAUUUUCAUUUCCUGUCAUAAAAUUGUAAUAAAAACCAUUGAAUCUGUUGAUUUGUUGGGCUUGAUUCUUAUACAUUAUCUGAUAAAUUUAAUUCGCUUCAAGAAGGAAAUUGUCAGAUCAUGUAUGAAUGUAUCUCAAAUUGGCGUGGUAAGCUAAAUUUGUCCUUUUCAGCCAGUCAAUGUUUAUAUGCCAUGCUUUUCUAUUAAAGAAACACUCUGGAAGAUAACUGGAUUUCAUAAACCAAUCUCCACAGUUGAGUUACCUGAUCCAAUUAAAUGCAAUAUAUAAAAUUAGCCAACUUGACAUCAUUAACAGAUUUUCAUUUUUGCAUCAAUCUGUGCCCUGUAACGCUCAUCUUAUUUUAUUUGAAGAUCUUUUCGAGAGCAUUUCGAUUCAUACUGUCUAUGUUUUGGAAUGAGUGGGUCUUGAAAUUCUGUGGUGGGCAGUUAUUGAAGAGAAAUGGGACCAUUUUAGAUGCUGAUUUAUCAAAAUUUAAAUUGAAUCAUGUUUGGACAUGCAAAUAUAACAGAUACGAUCAGCUUUAGUUCUUAAAUCUUAAAUAUCAAUGCUGAGCUGCACUUUGGAUAGCUUGUACUGAUCGGGGAAUCCUUCAAGACACUGAAAAUAGGCACCACUUUAAAGCAUUCCGAGGACAAAUCAAGCUUUUGAGCUCUGUCGUGGUCAUAGUGUGAUUUUUAAACGAAGUAUUUUAAAUGUUUUAGUGAUCUUCAAAAUAAUUAGAAAGCUGACAAACUCUUUUUAUAAAUCUUUUAUUGAUUAGAUAAUAAACCAGGUAAACGUUACAUAUUUGAAGCGUGAGUACUAGUCGGGACACCCAAUAAUAUUAACCCAUGUGCAAUGCUCAUUUGACAUUAUUUGGUCCUCUGUCAUCCCUUUCUAUCUGGGUCUGAAGAGUCAUUUGUCGAGCUAUGCCAAGAGUUCCCACAGGCCAAAUUGGCUAGUGGAAAUCCAUGUUAUGGGAGACUGGAGAUGUGGCAAAAAAAUGCACAUGGACAAUAUCAAAGUUGUGUGAACAAACUUAAUAUGAAUGGGUCAGAAGGUGAGAGGUAGGAACGGAGGAUACCUCGCUGUAGUGAUGUAAUGUAUUGGGCACGUGUAGAGAACAUGUUACCAACUAAUGAGUCUACAACUAGAAAUCAUUAACUAGGAAAGUUGGUACCAAGUGGGAUUCUCCAAAGUGAGAAAUAAUUGAGUAGCAUAGUCCAAUUUAAGCAGAAGCUGUGUAAGCCCGAGGACGAAGUGUAUUGAUGGAUAUGUUGACAAUUAUCUGAAGAGAGGUGUGUGAAGUUAUCACCAGCAGAGCUGUAGAAUCUGUAUAAACAAACCAUCUAUGGCAUCAUUUACAUGAAUCUCAAAUGUGGCUCUUGUUGAAACCACUCAUUUUGGUAGCUACUAUUAACUGCAAUCCUGCCAUACUGUUAUUUUUAAAAUAAUUCUCCCAAGUGUGGUUUACCAAUGGAAAAUUUUAAAUUUGUUUUAAGUUAUACGGGCCUGGGAAAGGUUACCUGUUAUUUGUGCAAUAUUCUCCACUCAUUUGCAGAAUCUUGGAGAUUCCUGGCUUGGUUUUUCGUAUGGUAUUUCCGACAUGUUUAUCUUACAGACACGGGGCUUUUAAAAAUAUUGCUAUGCUAAUUUGUGACCAUUUCUUCAGUUUACCAGUUUGUUAACACCCUACAAGUUUGUUAUCGCAUGUGAACUGGUUUUAUAAAAUAUCGUGUUGCCUAAGAAGAAACGUACAGUGCUUUCUGACGCCUUCUAAAUAAAGGACCUUGCCGUCUUUCCCUGAUGACAAUCUUAAUUGAAUGCUUAAAGUAAAACUGCUUGUAACCUGUGAUGUACAAUUUCCCAAGUUUGCUCUGAAUUGCCAAGACUACUUAUGUGAAUAACUGUGCAAAACAAAAUGCAAGUUGUAGUGAAUUAUCUUCCAACAUAAACCAUUUUGAACCAAAUUGAGAAUUUUUGUGUUGUGUUUGUAAAAGAUUUAUUUUGACACUGGAUUAUUGUUUAAACAUCUUUUCAUGUUAAGGUUUUGCAGAAACGUAAUAUAUCCUUGUGUGCAGCCUUGAAGUGGGCAAUUUUCACAAUUUACAAAUGCAGCCAGGGUGAUUUUUGCAACAGAAUUACUUCGGACAAUGUUUGCGUCUUAAUGAGCCUGAAGACAUUAGUUCAAAGAAUCAAUAAUGUGAUUGCUAGAAGUCUGAAAUUAAAACAGAAAAUGUUAGAUUUGCGCAAUAGGUUCAACAGAAUCUGGAGAAAUGGAUUGUGUUAAUGACCUUGCCACAGUUCUAGAAAGGUUAGAUAUUAAUAGGUUUUAAAAUUGUACAACUAGAGUACUGGAGCUUGUAAGUCAGGCCUGUCCAUGAGAAAUUAGUAACUGCAGAUGCUGGUUAAUGCAAAAACAAAAAGACACAAAGUGCAGGAAUAACUCAGUGGGUCAGGUAGCAUCUCUGGAGAACAUGGAUUGGUGAUGAUUCCGGUUGGGGCUCCUUCAGACUCUGAGGAAGGACCCUGACCCAAUAUAAUCACCUGUCCACGUUUUCCAGAGAUACUGCCUGACCCACUAUGUUACUUCAGCAUUUGUCUGUCCAUGAGACAGUUCAGCCUGGGCUAACUGAACAAUGAGCUGCCAGUGCACACUUCACAAUCACAGAUAUGUUUUAAAAGUUGCACUCUGCCGUACGAGUUAAACCUCCCCAUAUCUGAUGCCUGUGGAUCUCCCAGUCAACAGAAAACAAAACAAGACAAGCUCAUCCCACUUAGAUUCACCUUGCUUUGAUAUUCUCAACCAGAUAUGCCAUUGUUUCUAUGAUCGAUACAGGUUAUGAAUCAUCCCUCUUGGGAAUCAAUUAUCAAUCUUUGGGAGAGACCUCUGCCAAAUAUCAUCUGAUCUUUUGUUAAUCCCUCUUAAAUAAUUUCUCUCUUCCUUCUCAAGGAUGUUUCCAGUAAAUGGUCCAUGAAGUUGCGCUCUGAUUGAGGUCCUCCACAGCUAUGGAGGCCAGUUAAGCCAAGGACUGCCUUGGUGGUUGUCAAAACUGAAUUUCUAAAUAUAUCUAUAAAGCUUGAGUGAUAUCAAACUUAAUAAUUUACAAAUCAUUGAACUUAAAAAACAAAACAAAUAACUGAUUUUUAAAAAUCUGUAAUGUGACCAUCUUUCUAGAAAGUAUUUUACUUGUUAAAGUAAAUGGAGUGGCUGAGGUGUGCAAGGAGUAACCAGGUACAGGUUGAGAAGUAAAAUUGAGACAUUUGUAGGUUCAGCAAGCUGACCUCCCAGCAUAGGUGCUGGAACCUAAUGCAGGAAGUUGGUGCUGUGCCACUGAACUCAAUGGGGUGCCCAAUGUUAUAAUGACAGUGCCAUUGACCACCUGGGGAUUUCGGGUCUUUAUAUCUGUAUGAACACCCUUCGGAAAUGUUUCAUCCUUUCAAUAUAACAAUUCCUGCAAAAAAAGCUGUAAAGGGGGAAGUUUUCAAAGUUGCAUUGAAAGAUCAACCUGUAUGGGUAUGGUCAUUUUUUUUUUUUCAUUCCAUAGUUGCUGUAUGCUGGCUAUUUCCAGCAUUUCCUGUCUUUAUAUCCAAAUGGUGUAUUUGAUAGAAUAUAUGAAAAUAAUGAUUUGAAUUAUCUUGACUUAAUUUUUUUUUUCUGAAGUUAAUUUACUGCUGGUUUUGCACGAAUUUAAAAAAAAAUUUUUUUUUUUUUAAUCUGUGAAUGUAUUGACUUUUUCAGUCAUGGUACUGUAGUGGAUCCUUCCUGCCCAAUGUAGUCAAUGUCAUCACUCUUAUAAAGAAAACUCUACGUGACAAACUUCUGAGUGACUGACAUGUCAACUGGGUUAAGGCAUCCACUGCUUUUCGUUCUAUUAAUGGGUAUCUGGACAAUUCAAAAACGUGGUUCGUUUAGUAUUGCGCAAAAAAUCUGGCGCGUUGAUGGAUCUUCUCAUUCGGUGCCCGACUAGCUGAAAGAUGUGGCCCUGACAUGUUUUAAAUUUGCAAGAGCUGUCAACUAAAACUAUUUCUUACCACAACUUACCAAAAAAAAAAAAAAAUUUGUUCGGCAUGGACUUGUAGGGCCGAGAUGGCCUGUUUCCGUGCUGUAAUUGUUAUAUGGUUAUAUGGUUAACUCGAAAUACAUUUGAUAAUAUUAAUAAUUAUUACAAGGAGGUGCAGGUGCUGGCUCACAAAAGAAAGGCACAAAGUGCUGGAGUAACUCAGCAGGGUCAGGCAGCACCUCUGGAGAACCUGGAUCGGUAACGUUUUGGGUCAGGAUUCAUGGUCGAGUGUCGGAAUUGCGAUUUUUCAAAGAUGUGACCCAAAAGGCCCGUGUUUCUGCAGAGAUGCUGCCUAACCCACUUACUGGAGUAACUCCAGCGUUUUGAGUCUUUGAUUCUAUUGACUCUUAUUAAUCUUUCUGAUGAAUCGACGUUGAUGCUCUUAAAUGUACAAUGUGUUCCCAGUUUAUUUUUACCAUGGUUGCUUUGCGUUCAGCUUCAAAGGCUGGAGAGUGUUCAAAGGCUCUAGCUGCAUGCAGGAAUGGAUUCAUAUUUUAUUUUCUUUCUUUCCUUCACAGCUUAUUCUGAUUUGGUUACUCUUACAUAUCUGUUCCCAGUGUAAAUACACACUUGUCAGUUCAUUGAAAGCAUCCAUAAUUCAAAGAAACCUUAUUAGCCUAUUUGCAAAGCAAAGUCUGGAUGCCGGUCUCUAAAAUGUAUAUUUUGGGGACUUGCUACCUUGUUAACAUUCCAAUCUGUGUUGAAUAGAAGAUUUCUGCUGCUCAAUUUGGGACAUGGUAAUGAAUGGAAAAAGAGGCAGGUAUACAACAGGGUUAUUUAAUAGGGAGAAAAUGUGUGAUAAGGAUGUUUAAGUGAACUGUAUAACUGAGAAAUUGAUGGGGUUUAUCUAGUGCAAGCCUGCUGGAGGCACUUUUGGUCAUGUGUCACUAUUGAAAGCAUCUCAAUAUUACAGAACAUGAAGUUGUUUUUAUUCUAAUUUUGCAAUUAAUGCCUCAAUUUGCAAAGAUACCUUAUUUGUUUUCUGCAUCAUCAUUUAUAUAAAUGCAUACAGAAUUGAUGAAUAUUUUAUUAUGUUUCUGGAUUACACAAUAAAUGGCUUUUAGGCACAAUUGGCUUGAGUUCUUUUGUUUGUAUAAAGUUGCCUUUCUACAAAUUGUAAACCUUUGUGUAAUCUAGGCUGUAUUGCUUAAUAAAACGGAAUUGUCUUAGUUUUGAAAUUAUUGAUGUUUCGGUCAUUUUUAAAACAAUCUUGUUGCUCCUUGUCGCAAUGCCUUUGUUGUAAAGCAUGUGAACUUUUUUUUUUUUAAGUUUUUUCUAUCCAAUGCAUGUUUAAUGUAAGGAAAUGCAUAGAUUGAGGGGUAAUUUAAUUUUGUUUUAAUUGAUUUAUGGUGUAAGUGCCGUAUCUUAAAUGAAUCAUUUAUAAACAAGCUGAUUAUAGUUUUUUGGUAAAUGCA